UGGAGUAGUAACGUGGAAAGAUGCUGAUGAGAAUCCGGAAGAUGUCCAGUGGGAUUCUGAGAAGAGCAGCAGGGCGGUGGAGCAGCCUAGGAAUUCCGGAAGUCUUAGAGCCACAGAAACAGGAAGAUGCCGAGGCCCAGUCUCCACCCCUCCAUCCCCCAGCCCCGGGGCCGAGGGGCUCAGAAGGCGGCCUGUGUCCUGUUGGGCCUCUGUCUGGGCACUGUAUGUAUCCUCAGGGAACCAGCUGUGCACACCCUCCAGUGGCUGAUGUUCUACUUCACCACUAUGCAGGUGGGGCUGCUGUUGAAGGGGGCCUGCUACCUGGCUGAGGAACUCUCUCAUAUCCAAUCCAGGUACCAGGGUAGUUACUGGCAGGCAAUACGAGCCUGUUCAGGUUCCCCACUCCAGCAGGGCUCUUUGCUGCUACUCUCAGGAUAUUUCUGUGUUACCCUCUCUAAUGAGCCAAAGCCAUUGCUCACCUGGACUUUUGCCUUGCUGGGCCUCUCUCAAGCACUAAGUCUCAUUCUAGGACUCCAGAGCCUGACUCCAGCUGAGAUCUCUGAAGUCUGUGAAAAGAAACAACUCAAUGUAGCCCAUGGACUGGCUUGGUCAUACUAUAUCGGGUACUUGAAGCUGAUCCUGCCUGGACUCCAGGCCCGAAUCCAAACUCAUAAUCAGUUCAACAAGGAUGUGCUGAGGAGUCCCGAGGGCCAUCGGCUCCAUGUCCUCAUCCCUCUGGAUUGCCGGGUCCCUGAUGACCUGAGUCAGACUGACCCCAACAUUAGCUUCCUGCAAGAACUACCCCAGCACAAAGCUGACCGGGCAGGCAUUAAGGGCAGGAUCUAUACCAACAGCAUCUAUAAAAUCCAGGAAGAUGGGCAGCAGGCAGAAGUCUGUGUCCUGGAGUUUGCCACCCCACUGCAGACCCUGUUUGCCAUGUCCCAGGAUGGGCGGGCUGGCUUUAGCCGAGAAGACCGCCUGGAGCAAGCCAAACUUUUCUGCCGGACUCUGGAAGCCAUCCUUGAGGAUGCCCCUGAGGCCCGUGACUACUGUCGCCUCAUCGUGUACCAAGAGCCUGAGGAUAAAUCUCUAAGCAACUUCUCUCUGUCUAAAGAGAUUCUUCGUCACCUUCGGCAGGAGCGGCAAGAAGAAUUUGUUAUGAGGCCCGAGAGGGCCGUGGCCACAUCCUCCACCUUGUCCCAGGAGCCACAGCUCCUCAUAAGUGGAAUGGAGCAACCCCUCUCCCUCCGUACUGAUGGUUUCUAAACAACUACCUCCACCUCUCCCCCUUUAUAACUUGGAGUGAGGGAAAGGACCAAAGGGACCCCUUUACCUGCAAACCCAAGAAACCCUGGCUCUGGUCUUCUGGCCAGCCCAUGAGCUCUGGGCCAGGCAUCUUUGACUGUCAGAUGCCUGGCAAUGCUACUGACCCAUCUGACCUUACUUACACUGAGAACAGUUUGGGACAGAAAUGGCCCCACUACCCUGUUACAGUUCAUCCUCCCCAUCCCUGACUCUGGGACCUGGGACUGCUAGACCUGAGUGUCUUUCCCUUUUCUUUUCUUUCUUUUUUUUUUUUUUCAGGGCAUUGAGGGUUAAGUGACUUGCCCAAGAUCACACAGUUAGUAAGUGUCAAGUGUCUGAGGCUGGAUUUGAACUCAGGUCCUGGUGCUUUAUCCACUGCAUCACAUAGGUGCCUUGCUUCUUUUCCUUUGCUGUGCCCCGAACUCCUUUGGCAGCUUGGCGAAGCCUAUGAACCCCUUCUCAGAGUGUGUAAGAUAAAACACAUAGGAUUAUAAAGGAAACCAAUUAUAGUGAAAUAUUGUCUUCAAAACAUUUUAAUAAUCAAAUCCGUAGGUUAAGAAGCCCUGUACUAGAGAGUUUGUCAGGCAGACAUCCCUCUCUCUUUUUUGACUCAGCAAUAUGUGUCCUAGGGACUGAGUACUUACAAGAUGCAGGAUGAUGUACCAUGAGUAGGAGAACAGUCCCCUCUUUUCAAAAGGAUCCUACAGCUGUGUUCUAGUAGAUUCUCCCAAAGGACUGUGCCGGCAGAAGUGUCCUCUUGCUGUCUUUUUUUUAUAGUUGGACUUAUAUUUGACAAUCAACUUUGAGUCCCUUACCCUGCACCGGACACUCAAAAGUAGAAUGAUUCAACCAGGGUCACACAACUAAUAAACAUCUGACCCAGAUCUAGAACCCAGGCCAGCUGCCUCCCAGUCUAGUGAUCUCUCCACUAUUCCAUAGUGAGGUGACAAGAAGCAUCCCACCACCUCCGGGAUUCUAUCGCCAUUAGAAGCAAUUUGCAAAUCAUCCUACUUAAUUUUUUCUUUUCUUCCUUCCUGCCUUGAGGGACAGUGCAUGAAGAACCCAGAAAACUCAGUAUUGUCAGUAGACAAAUGCAAGAAGCUAUCCUCUUCACUUUAGUCUGGCUUGUGGCAGAUUCCCUGCAUCAUAAUGAAUGCUUUCCAGGUUGGGGGUUCAGGGUAUCAGAGGAGAAAGUUUGACGGAGGGGGGGGGCAGCUCUAGAUUGGUCCAUUCCUCACCCUUCCCAUCCAUGUUAUAUGCUGUUGCCAGUCUAAUCUUUCUAUAACACUACUACUUGCUGUUGCCCCUUUGAAUACCAGGCUCAGUCCUGCCUACAUGCCUUUGUUCACACUGUUCUUUCUUUUGGAAAUAUCCAGUUCUCAGGACCUCCAUGAGGCCACCUCCAACUGCUUCAGACUGUAAGAGCCUUGAGGUCAGGGAUACAUUUCCUACAGCACCUAGCACAGAGUAAUCACUCAGUGUUUAUUGACAACUCCACAGAGUGGGCUUUGAGAGAGAAUUUGGAGGGAACAGAAAGAAGAGGCCUUUCAAAAAUAGGGUCUCAAUUCCAAAAGACUUAUGAUGGAAAGUGCUCUCCACUUCCAGAGAAAGAGAACUAUGGAGUCUGAAUGCUGAUAGUGGCAUGCUAUUUUUCACUUUUUUGUUUUGUUUUGUUUUUUCUUUCUC